AAAAUCAGUGUAAACAAAUUGGCACGCCCAGUGGGACGGGUUGUUUUGUGCAAUUUACAUUGUUGAAAGAAGUUUAUUUUCUAAAAAUCCUUUUACAAGUCUUAAGACAGUUAGUGUUUAUAGUUUGUGUUUUGAUUUUGUAUGCAUUUGAGAAGUGGUAAAUCUUUACCAAAUUUAACUAGUGUUAAAUCUAAAUCAAAAAUGGUUAGACCACCAAAUAAUAAUCAAAACAAUAACAACAAUGUCCCGAAUCCUGAAGGACAGCCAACACAAGCGUCAAUUAGUAACGCUACUGUCAUGGCCCAAGGCUCUGGAACAUCUGCUUCGAGCAUUCCUGCAGUCAGUUUUGGGAAUAUAGGGGUAACAAUGCCCUCAACGAGUUCGACUGUAUCUGGGUCGAUAUCUUCGUUAGUAUCACAUGGUAUAGGGGGCAGUCAGCCUGGCGCUGAAGAUGUAAGGAGCCCCAUUCGAUCGUUUUUGCUGAACCAAUCAGGAUUAGGAAUGCCAGACUCUUUGAUGGCAGGCUUACAUAAUUCUAACCCAAAUCCUGACAGGAGUACCAUGCCUUCCCCAGCAGCCUCUGUUGUGGGAAAUAGGACCAGAGAUAUUGCCUUACAAAAUUUAACCAAUGUAACUAUGAUGUCCUUUCGACAACAAAUGGACGAGAGUAAUCAUGAAAUGGUUAAUACUCUGACUUCACAAUUGGGGACUAUUUUGAACCCUUUAAUCAACAAUACAAAUAAUAAUUAUCAGUUGCUAGCCCAUCAGAUGGGGCGGAUUGCAGAUUUCUUUGGUACUCCUACAAUGCCUAACCAAAAUCUUCAGCCCAUUCGAAAUCAAACACAGGUUCAGAACCCAGGUUUUCAUGUGAACAAUGAAGUCCCAAACAAUCAAGUACCACAAGUGGUACAAGAGGAACCGCCGGCUCCAGUGGUGCACCAUGUGCCAGAGCCUGAAGUAAUUUUGGUUAAUCGAAAUCAAAAUGCUGACGAAGUAAUUAGAAAUGUGCAAAGAAACAAUUUUGCGCAACAAGAUAACUUGGCAAAUUUAGUCGAAACUAUUUUAACUCAAAACGGUUUCAAUGUUGGCCUACAUAGGCCUAACUUCAUUUCCCCAUUAUCUGAAUACGUGUUACAAACUGAAUUGCCAAGGGGAUGGAAGAUCCCCAAAUUCACAAAGUUUGCUGGGGACACAACUGAGUCAACAGUGGAACAUGUGGCAAGAUUUUUUGCCGAAGCAGGAAAUUUGGCAGAUAAUGAAAAUUUAAGGUUGAAAUAUUUCCCAAAUUCCCUUACAAAAAAUGCUUUCACUUGGUUCACAACUCUCCCCCCCCGUUCGAUUCAGCAUUGGACUCAAUUGGAAAGGGCUUUCCAUGAACAGUUUUAUAUGGGCCAAUCUAAGAUUAGUUUGAAGGAAUUGGCCAGUGUCAGGAGAAAGACAUCAGAGUCCAUAGAUGACUAUUUGAAUCGAUUUAGGCUACUUAAGGCUAGAUGCUUUACUCAAGUGCCUGAACAUGAGUUAGUCGAAAUGGCUGCUGGAGGCCUAGAUUAUUCAAUUCGAAAGAAAUUAGAUACACAACAUCUAAGAGACAUGGCACAAUUAGCAGAUAGGGUAAGACAGGUCGAACGCCUUAAGGCUGAAAAGGCAAGAUCAUCGAAGUUUCAAAAAAGGGAAAAGAUUGCUUAUGUUGAAACUUUAGAUGAUGAUGAUGAGGAAUAUGUGAUAAACUAUGGAGACAUAGAGGAUAAUGAAAUUAAUGUGGCCGAAUUAAAACCUGGCCCUCCCUAUGUCUGCAAAUUACUAAAACCUUCGAAUGGAAAAAAUCCUGUCGAACCCAAGAAUGAUAAAUUUGUCGCUAAAACUUAUUCGUUUGAUAUAACUAAAUGUGAUGAAAUAUUUGAUUUGUUGGUUACUGAUGGCCAAAUUGUUGUUCCAAAGGGAUUGAAAGUGCCUCCCCUUGAACAGCAAAAGAAAAGAGGUUUUUGCAAAUUUCAUAAUUUUUUGGGUCAUAAAACCUCACAAUGUGUUCUUUUCAGGGAUCUGGUUCAAAAAGCUUUGAAAGAUGGAAGGCUGAAGUUUGGAGAGAAAUCCGGACACAAGAUGAAAAUUGACGAAGAUCCACUACAAAUAUCUGAUGCUUCCUAUGUGGAACCGGUCGAAUGCUUGAUGAUCGAUGCCAUGGACUUAUCAGGAGGCGCUCAAUUAGUUUCUAUUCCAGAGAAUGAAUACUAUGAAAAAAUGAAAGUAGUAUAUCCUGGGGCUGAAGAGGAACUGAUUGAUUUUCUACAAAGGUGUAAGCUUAACAAGUCUGAGGUGAUGCUUUGCCCAAGGUGCAGUGCUGUAUUCGACAAGAAGGCUACUGAGGGCCUUAACAAGUUUAUACCAUUCAGAAGAAACAAAGAGAAUUGGCCAAACUCAAGGCCAAUGAAAAAACAGAACAUGGCGCAUGCUAAACCAAUACAUCAAAGGUUGGGCAACCCAAAUACGUUUGUGCCAUCCAACAAAUCACCAAUGAACAAAUGGGUUCAUGGUCAUGCAUCCAACUUUGUCAGAAAUUCUGUUGACAAGGGAAGUUCGAGUCAUUCUGUUGAUUCGAAGAAGUAUGCUUACAGAAACAAUUACAAGGGAAAGAAUCCCAUGACCCGCACACAAUGGCGUAGGCAUCAGCGCCAACAAAGGCUCUCCCUUCAAGAGACUCAAAAGACUGAAGACAACAAAGGAAAACAGGUUGUCGAAGUGGCUAGAAGGCCUCUGAAAGAAAGAUUGACUCAACCAGAGGAUGAUCAAAAGGUUGAGAAUGAGUUUGAAGGAGAGAACAUGGAAGAUGAGGAUCUCCUUGAUUCAGAUCCCGAGUUUGAUGUGCUGGUGAACGUAGUUUCGAUCCUCCCUGCUGAAUAUGACGUGUGGUCAGAAGUGACUGAAGGGGAGGAUGAAUUCGAUGAGUCUGAAUUGGCUUUACACAAGCCAAUGUGUUAUUAUGUAAUGAAUAAUGGCUGCUUAGAGGAACAGAUGGCCAAUUUUGAGAGGCCAACUGAGGGAAUGAAGAAUCAUUUGAAACCCCUCUUUAUUCAGGCCAAAGUAAACAAUGUGGGGGUCAACAAAGUGUUGAUUGAUGGAGGAGCAGCAGUAAACCUGAUGCCAGAAUUCAUGAUUACCAAGAUUGGUAAAUUCUCUACUGACUUGCACCCUCACAACAUCGUUCUUUCGAAUUACGAAGGUGAGACUGGUUUCUCGCUGGGGGCAAUUCAAGUCGAUGUGGCAGUUGGCAGCACUGUUAGGCCAACUUUGUUUUUGGUUGUAGCAUCGAAGGCCAAUUAUAAUCUGCUUCUAGGAAGGGAGUGGAUACAUGGUGUUGGAGCAGUGCCUUCGACUCUCCAUCAGAGAGUGAGUAUUUGGAGAGAUGAUGGUGUGGUAGAAAAUAUCGAAGCUGAUCAAAGUUAUUUUAGGGCUGAAACACACCACAUAACCAAGCACUCAUUUGAUAAGAAAUUGGCGAAUAUAUCGCCAUGCACUGAACAGGGAUAUGCCUACGCCCCUGCUGAUAAUGUCUACCAUUCUGUCAAAUUGGAUCCAACCCAUGGAUUCAUUUGGGAGAGAGAGGAGAUAGACGAAGGUCCACAUGUGGAUGAAGGCAAAGUCCGCCCAACUGGGUGGGACCUUGAAGAAUACUACGAUGACUAA